GAGAUGCGCAGACUGGAGGCACAGAGGGCGCAGAGAAGAAGCCGGGGGAUGCACAGGGACACCUACCGCGGUACAUGACUGCUGGAUGCCACAGAGGUGCCCGCCGGGGGCUGAAGAAGGGAUAACAGGGAGAUCCUGGCUGUAAGCUUACCUGGGCACCCAGCCUUACAGACCUAUAGAAAUGGAGACCCCAGACCCAUCGGUGAUCCCGCCUCCUUCCCUGGAAGAACAUGAGAGUCCUUAUUGCAGCUCCAUGUCGGAGCAGAUCCUCUUGGAAGACAUGCUGAAGAGAAAGCUCAAGUUCUAUUUUAUGAAUCCCUGUGAAAAAUUCCGAGCUCGCAGUCGCAAGCCGUGGAAACUCCUCAUUCAGAUCUUAAAAAUCGCACUGGUGACCGCCCAGCUGGUGUUCUUCGGGCUCAGCAACGAGAUGGUGGUCAGUUUCGCGGAGGAGAACACGGUGGCCUUCAGGCACUUGUUUCUGAAGGACUACAAGGAUGGACAUGAUGACACGUACGCCAUCUAUCGCCAGGAGGACUUCUACGAUCACAUCAAUUUUACAAUCCAGGGGUAUUUGGACCUGAGAACUACAUCAGUCGGGAACCAUGCCUAUGAGCGGAUGGCAGACGGGUGGCACGGGAUGAGUGUCUGCCAGGACUUCUAUAAAGAAGGCAACAUCUUUCCUGGAAAUGAAACAUUUGAUAUCAACCCCCAAGAAGAGAAAGAAUGCUUCAUCGUGGAACCAAUGACGCCGAUAAGUGAUCUCUCCCUGGAAAACAAGUUCAGGAACAUGACACUGGACUUUUCUCGGCUCAUCUCAGUGGUGAUCAUGUUUAAGCUGAAAGCGAUUAAUCUACAGACCAUACGUCACCAUGAACUCCCUGACUGCUACGACUUUACAGUGACCAUCACAUUCGACAAUAAAGGACAUAGUGGACGUAUUAAAGUAUAUUUGGAUAAUGAUGUUGGCAUCGAGGAAUGCAGAGACUGGCACGUGUCUGGAUCCUUGCAGAAGAAUACCCACUACAUGAUGAUUUUCGAUGCAUUCGUCAUCCUGACCUGCAUAUCCUCCCUAAGUCUCUGUAUUCGAUCGGUGGUCCGAGGCAUUCACCUUCAGAGAGAAUAUGUCAGCUUCAUCCAACAACGAUUCUCAAAGAUGGUGCCCUGGUCGGACCGGUUGGAGUUUGUCAAUGGCUGGUACAUCUUAAUCAUUGUGAGCGAUAUCCUGUCCAUCGUGGGCUCCAUCCUGAAGAUGGAGAUCCAGUCAAAGAGUCUGACAAGCUAUGACGUCUGCAGCAUUCUUCUGGGAACAUCUACCAUGUUCGUCUGGCUCGGUGUCCUUCGAUACUUGGGACUUUUCAAAAAAUACAAUAUGCUGAUCCUGACGCUGAGGCUAGCGCUUCCGAACGUCAUUCGGUUUUCUUGCUGUGCAGCCAUCAUAUAUCUAGGAUAUUGUUUUUGUGGCUGGAUCGUAUUGGGACCUUACCACACCAAGUUCAGGUCCCUGAACAUGGUGUCAGAAUGCCUCUUCUCCCUAAUUAACGGAGACGACAUGUUCGCCACGUUUUCCAUCAUGCAGCAGAAAAGCUUUCUGGUCUGGGUGUUCAGCAGGGUGUAUCUGUACUCCUUCAUCGGCCUCUUUAUAUAUAUGGUCCUCAGUUUGUUCAUUGCGCUCAUAACGGACACGUAUGACACCAUCAAGAAUUACCAAAAAGACGGCUUUCCAGAGUCCGACCUUCGAAGGUUUGUGUCAGAGUGUAGGGAUUUACCAACGUCUGGACGUUACAGAGACGCUGAGGAAACCACUCUUUCACUGUUCUGCUGCUGUAAACGGUAGAAUCGAUGAGGACCGUAGUGCGUCACUGGAUACAAGCACAGAAACAAAAAAAUCUAUUAAAGGAACUCUAACUCUUAAAGUGCAUCCUAACAAGAAGUGCUGCUACUGUCUUUCUUUUCACAUACCUCCGGAGGUUCUCAGAAGUGGAGAUAAAGGAAGGGACUUUUCUGGAUUUCCUGAAGUGGUGACAGUGAAGAACGCUACAGUCAGCCUGUCCCAGACCUGAGAUGGCUGAUAUCAGUGUAAAGUGCACAUAGACUCUAAAUGUAGGGUCCUUAUACAAUCCCUCUGUGAUUUGGUUUCAGAACAUAUUUCCCAAUAAGUAUGGUUUCCAUCAGGCCUCAUCCUCAUGACUGUAUCAGUCUUGCGGUCCUCAAAUCGCGGAUCCAUAAAAUACAGAUGUGGUCCGUGUGCCAUCCACAUUUAAAAAAAAAAUUUUUUGCAGACCCAUUGAUUUCUGUGGGUCCGUGGUCUGCAUUUUGCAGACAUUUUCUACCUUUUUGCGGAACAGAGAAACAAAUGCAGAAAGAACACGGAUGAUCUGUGUACUUUCCUCAUCCGUAUGUCCGUUCUGCAAAAAUAUAGAACGCGUUCUAUACUUGGUCACAAAAUGUGGAUCACGGAUCUAAUGAGGUCAAAGGGCAAAAAAUGCAGAUGCAACGCGGAUAAUAGUGGUCGCCAUAUGAAGAAUUUUAUGUCCUUGAGAAUCAAAUCUGUUUGGGUGGAGUAUGGGCCCUUUUACAGGGGCCAAUCAUCAGGAAUGAGCGCUCACGGGGAUCAUCAUGUAUCAUCAGUCGGUGCCGGAUCUGUCCGUAAUGUCAUAAAGUGCAAGUCAGUCAAAGCAGUGCAACGUGGCGCCACGUGUAUCACAAUGGUGCACUUGGCAUAGGAUAUUUGGUGCAACUUGCUAGACAUACACUUGGCCUGCUCGUACCACCUCAUGUUAAAAAAUUGUGCACGUCUUGAAUUUGGCGCAGUUUAGGACUCCUGUUAUCACGCCCCAUUCUCUUCAGAAAUUUCAGAACUGUCGAGCCAAGUGUAGAAAAUGUCGAAAAGCACAUAAUAAAUUUGGCGCAUGACCUGUACACAUUUGGCACAUU